UGUCUGAAGUCUGCUAGUUUUAUUUAGUAAUCUAGUGUCGGAAGAACUGGUUUUUGUUUGGUAUACCUAGUUUUAGGCUUUUCAAGUCAAUGGGCGGAUAAUACGAUUUAUCAAUAUGCAUGUUAGACUCUAAGGCCUUAGAGCUCGUAACAAACUGACUGGUAAUAAAGCCACUUCAGUCAUUAUUCACUACCAAAACAAGUUUCAGUAAUUUGAAGAAAAAUGAAACAAUGUUCUAAUUUAUUUCCUAAUAAAGAAGCUUUUAUUAUUUUUGCCCUGUACAUCAUACUCUUCGUAUUUCAAGGUGUGUUUGUAACUGCAUCAAAAACUGAAAAUGGCGACUAUGACUACAAUACGACACUCGUGGUUUUCCUAUCAGAACUACUUAAAUUGGUUGCAUCGGCAUUCUUAUAUACGUACAAGAGAGACGUUUGUAGAAAAAGCAAUAAACCUUACGUGGUUUAUAUAAAUAAACCGCAUCUGUUCAAGGCCAUUGUUAUGAACUAUGAGCUUCUGUUGAUGUACUUCAUUCCAUCAUUGUUGUACUGUUUUUAUAACAACUUGGCGUUUAUAAACCUGUCCCACUAUGACCCCACUUCGUACUACAUUCUAUUGCAGUUCCGAGUGGUACUGACAGCGUUACUCUUUCAGUUUUUGUUCAAGAAGAAAUUGGGUUUCAUGCAGUGGAUAUCGCUAGGCAUACUGACACUUGGAUGCAUGAUUAAAAAUUUCGACGCGGCAUCAAUACAAUCGAAAGACGACUCCGAUCUCUGGUCACAAUUAUUCAAUAUUUAUUUCUUAUCUAUAAAUUUCCAAAAUUUCUGUUCAUGUCUGGCUGGUACAUACAAUGAAUAUUUGUUGAAAACGAAAGGUUCUAAUGUUGAUAUAUUCUUACAAAAUGUGUUUAUGUAUCUGGACUCUGUCCUCUGUAACUUCUUUAUUUUAAUGUUCAAAGGUGAGUUAGGAACAAUAUUUGAAGAUUUCAGUUCAUUGGGUAACAUUUUUGUAAUACUUAUAACCAUAAACAGUGCUGUGGUUGGCAUAGUCACUAGUUUCUUUUUGAAAAAUUUAAAUUCCAUUUUAAAGACAUACGCAAGUGCGUUAGAGCUGGUAAUAACAGCCGUAGUAUGUUACAUACUAUUUAGUAUUGUGAUCACACCGUUUACCGUGUUAUCAAUUUGUCUAGUCAGUAUCGCUGUUGCUAUGUAUUUUAAAAAUCCAGUAAGUAAUGUCACAAUGAAUUUGAGUGACGCAAAGGAUAGAGAACCGCUUUUAGAAGUAACUUCAAAAUAAUUCAAUAAAUUAGAUCUUUAAACUAAUUGUCAUAGUUCCUUAUGAAAUUAGAUCUUUUGUAAUUUUACAACUCUUCGAAAAACUAGUUAUACCGAGUGGAUUGUAGUAUUAAAAAAUCAAUUAAAUAAAUAUAAAAUGGUUAAUUCCCCAUAUUGUAAGGAAUAAGUAGUCCAAAUCCGCAGAUUUGUACUGUCCGGAUGAUUUCACAAUAUAUAAUGUGUCGCAAACUUUAGCUCAAUUUUUAUUAUAUACGAAAGUACACAAUUUAAACAGUAUUAGGUACUUAUUUUUAUUUCAAUAACAAAUUCUAUUGUAAGUAUAAUUUACAUACAUUUGUAACUUAUAAAAUUUGAAGUGGUCCUAUAAAAUAACAAUCGAUGUAACUCGUAGGAAUUGAUGCAAUAUUAGAUUUUAUAUAUUAUAAAAUAUGGUACCUUGUAAUAUUGAGAACAUACCUAAGUUCAGUACAUCUUUACGUUAAACGAUCAACAUAAAGCAAACUUGUACUAAGGGUACAGAUGCCCCAUGCCAUGAACGAAAAUUUUGGAUAAAGUAACAUACCGACUACCUAUAGGUAUAAUUAUUUAUCAUUUAAUUGUAACCAUAAUUUUUCCUAUGCCCACAAAUUUUAAUUUUCUGCUUAUAUUAUACUUACAACUCAUUUUAUUGAAUCCGUGCUUAAACGACGAUGUUAAGUAGGUAUGUGUAUGAUAAAAUAUCAUAAAAUAAAUCAACAGUCAAUACUCUAAAAUAGCUCUCUAUGCAAUCUACUCAUUUGAAACUUUCUUGAAAUGUAAUAGUUCUAAUUUUUGGUAAAAUGUAAAGGAAAAUUAAAAUUUUUGGGCUAGAUUAUAAUUUUUUUACCGAAAGCGGUAGCGAUGUUCUAUUAAAAUGGCUUACUGUUUGUGCCAAAAAUGGUAAUCAGUAACAAUUUAAGAAAUACUAGUAGUAAACAGUGAUUGUAUAGACGACGACGUCUAGCUAGGCGAUAAUUAUAUGCUACCACAAUGGAAUGCCGCUACUGCUUUACGGUACAGGUACAUAAGUAUCUUAUGAGGAAUAUAUCUCACUAUAUCAUGAUGUAUAACAUCAUUUAGGUACUCUAGAGCUCGACAGUUUUGUCUCAUUCUUAGGUAAAAAGUAAGUUUGUCAUUAAAUCUUAGAUUAAACCUAUUAAAAUAGUUCAAAGUGCAACCAAAGUUACUGUAAAUACAGAUACAUUAUGACAGCCUAUCCUUAUCACAAUACUCUAGGAUUACACUUAUGUUAUCUAUUUUCUUCUGAUAUUCUCAUUCAUGCAGGAGUGGCCAAAUUAAAAUAUAUCUUGUACUCAACGCCCUGGCUGUGAUACAUAUAAAUCAUAUCAAUGGGACACACUAGAACUUCAAUUUUGUUUUAUCUUUAUUCUAUAUUUGAGUCAUUAUUAUUAACAUUUUUACAUAAAUACUUUUUUAAAACCUGUUAUCUGGCUACCACUGCAUGCUCAUACUACUUAAUGUUAUUAUGUUUAUGAAGGAGAAGGGAACAUUAAUAAUUUUAUGUAUAUUAAUUAAAUUGUCGAUGCGACAUUAGAAGAAGCAUUUAUAGUAUUUAUAUCGUGGCCUUAUCGUGGAUUUGCUAACUUCAUGCAAUGUUUGAGUAUUUCAUGAAAUAUUUGCAGUUCAUAAACUAUUUAACUGUCUAUUGCCCACAUUAUGUGGUGGCUUUCACAGAUCAAUGAUUUGAGCACCUAUUCGCGCGACUAUUUCAUGAAGUAGAGAUGAACCAAGUGACACACUCAGGUGAACAUAGUGGAAAUUGACAUUGUAGACAACUUAAUGAUCCUGGUCAAAUUGAGUUUUCCAUCUUAUGGAAUGCGAUCAUUCUUGAAACAACCGAAUGCUCGACAUAUCAUAAAGUAAGCAAAUCUACGAUAUGGCUACGACAUUCAUAUGUUGGAGAAUUAUUUUUAGUGUCCCAAAAACAUGCUUGGUCUCGUAAACUCUUGUUAAACAAAUUGUGAUAUUGACUGCAAUUUUUAUAAGUAGAUAGAUAUGUACAAAUUGUACAUCAUUAGAUUAAAUAGUAAUUAAUUAAUUUUCAUUUUGCAUAAGGAAUAGUUUAAAAUGAGUACAAGUUACCCAUCACUUCUCAAAUUGUUAAUAAAAAUUAAUUAUAUACUUUUUCACUUUAUUUAAGUCACUAUUAUUACAAUAAAUAGUAUUAUUUGUCAUAACUCUGUUUCAGCUGGAGAAUAUAAUUUAAUGAAGUAUAUGUGUACAUUAAUUUAAAAUAAUAUUUAUAUUUUGAUAUUUUAUAAUAUUAUGUUAAAGUAUCUAUUAGCUUUCGUAGUAAACAGAAAAGCAUUUCAUGUAAAAUAUGUCAUCAGAAAUAAAUGCAUAUAUAAUAUCAAAUUUUAUGAAGUUUGUCCUUCAACAAUCUUGUAAAUAAAACAAUUAAAAAAAUCUUAUAUGGCACUAAAACCCCAUGUAAUGGGGAAGAACACAAAUUCAUACCUACUAUUAAAAUUACCGAAAACUGAAACGCCGAUAAUUAUAAUAAUAAAUUAAUAAAAUUAUCUUUUCUCAUUCAAGACUUGCUUUUAUAUUAUAGUUUGUAGCUGUGUUUAUCGCCAGUAUACCCAAUUGAGGUAAAACCCGUUAUUAUUAUUUUGUACAUUGCUGAUAAAUUAAAAUCGUAAUUUUUAGUAAUGCUUGUAUCAACAAGAAAUAAGAAAAUGACUUUUUUAGAUUGAUAAAAUAAACAACAUUUUUAUAUAGAUCUUUUAUUUACACACUAAUGUUUACAUAAUUAUACUUUAACAAAAGCACGUUAAAUUUAUACCUAACUAAUAGUUACAAUCACAACAAGUCAAUAAUUUAAAACAGAGUACAUUAUCACAUCUGGCUGCACUUAGAAAUAUGUAAUAACAUUUUAUCCAUUAUUAUUUGUCAAAAACUGUUGUAUAAUACAACUAUUAUACUGAUCUGAUCUUAUUUACACACACUAGUGCAGACACCUUUGUAUUCAUAUCACUAAAGGAAACUUCAUCAGAAGUAACUGGGUCCCAUACUUUUGCUUAUAUAUUCCCCAUUAAGACCAUUGCACUUCAGACACAUUAGUACUAGUACCAAAUAGUACAAAAUAAACAAUUAUAGAAAAAAAAAACAAUAA